CACAUAUAAGAAAAGGAAAAAAAGGCCUUUAAGAAAACAAAAUCGAUAAGAGGCUUCAAAACAAUACCAAUCUUCGUUGCUCGUGAGCCUUACGCUGGGGAUAAGAUGUCCCCACCCCCCUCCACAGUCAUAUCAACUUCUUCCCCUAUCUCCCUCACUCACUCUCCUCCAUAAACAUAUCCCGUCCCGACCAUAACCUCCCAUACUCCCUCCCUCACCUCACCGUAUCCCGCCAUCAUCGACCUCUCCACACCCUCCGAUUCACCAUUUCAAGUUCUUCGUCUAAUCUCACUGGUGGAUGCAUUUUAUUUAACCUGUCCCGCGUCGUAACAGAUUAUAUCCCAGACGAACAAAAACAAAAGCAAUUAACCGCCCUCGAACACCCACUCCAAAACGGUGCGCAUCAUCUCUGUCUCUGCUGUGCUGUGUGUCUACUCUGAAUCACCAAUAAGAGCUCACUGCAGCUUCCCAAACCACAUUCUCCACUCUGUCUCUGUCUCUGUCUCUGUCUCUCUCUCUCUCUCUCUCUCAGAGUUUACUCUCAUUCCCCCAGCAAUCAUGGAGUCGCGAGUGCUAUCACGCGCCACCACAUUCGGAGCCCUCCCCUGCCACCGCAAACCAUCUCCCAGGGAAAACGCCGCCGUUUCGUUCGUCUCGGCUCGGCUGAUCGGCGCCGUGAGCGAGGGCGGGAACCUCAUAUGGGGGAGGCAACUCCGCCCCGCGCUGCUGCUCGAGGCCUCGCCGUUGAAGAGGGAGAUUCUCCGGCCUUGCCUCGCCGCCGCUUCCUCUCCGACCGAGGGAAACGAUUCCGCCGGGGACGCGAAGGUCGCGCCGCUCGGGUUCUUCGACAGGUACCCGGCUAUCCUCACCGGCUUCUUCUUCUUCAUGUGGUAUUUUCUGAAUGUGAUUUUCAACAUCAUGAACAAGAAGAUCUACAAUUACUUCCCGUAUCCCUAUUUUGUGUCGGUUGUGCACUUGGGCGUCGGAGUGGUGUACUGUUUGAUCAGCUGGGCAGUGGGCCUUCCUAAACGCGCUCCCAUAGACUCAAACCUGUUGAAGCUGCUCAUCCCUGUGGCCGUGUGCCAUGCACUUGGCCACGUCACCAGCAAUGUCUCAUUUGCAGCCGUUGCGGUCUCCUUCACACAUACCAUCAAAGCUCUUGAGCCAUUCUUCAAUGCCUCUGCUUCGCAAUUUAUACUCGGACAAUCAAUCCCCUUGUCUCUAUGGCUGUCCCUGGCUCCUGUUGUUCUUGGUGUGUCGAUGGCAUCGCUGACUGAGUUGUCAUUCAACUGGACUGGCUUCAUUAGUGCUAUGAUUUCAAACAUCUCCUUUACCUACAGGAGUAUCUAUUCAAAGAAAGCCAUGACUGAUAUGGACAGUACCAAUCUCUAUGCCUAUAUUUCGAUCAUUGCUCUUCUUGUCUGCAUUCCACCGGCUCUCAUCGUAGAGGGGCCUCAACUGAUUAAGUACGGCUUCAAUGAUGCAAUUGCUAAAGUAGGUCUUGUCAAGUUCGUUUCUGAUCUCUUCUGGGUGGGAUUGUUCUACCAUCUCUAUAAUCAGUUGGCCACCAAUACCCUGGAGAGAGUGGCACCUCUUACACAUGCAGUUGGAAAUGUGCUGAAACGUGUAUUUGUGAUUGGCUUUUCCAUCUUGGUCUUUGGCAACAAGAUUUCAACACAAACUGGUAUCGGGACAGCCAUUGCGAUUGCAGGAGUGGCAAUCUACUCUUACAUCAAGGCCAAAAUAGAAGAAGAGAAACGACAAGGGAAAGCUGCAUGAGAAGAAGGGAAGAAUGGACAUGGAGGGAACCUUGCAUUGUAAAUUUCAUAAAUUCCCUUCAGAAGAAAUGGCAAAUUGAGUAUCUAUCUAUUAUCCAUGUUAUAGUUUAUUUCUUCCCACGUUUUUUUUUUCUCCGAUUGAUUGAGAGCACAAAGACAUUCUAAUUUGCAAUGGUCUCAUGUUGACUGGAAAUUCAAUAAUGUAUCAAUUUUUAUCUUUCUCACAAUGAGCUCUUCCUAUGGAUGGAAGCCUAAAAGUGGUCAACAGAAUGGAGAUUUUAUAUGUGAGCGAAUA